GAAGGCGGUCAGUUGGCGCAAGCUGGUUUAGUUUCAAUCGGUCGCUCGUUGGCAGUACAUCGAAGGUCCGGAUCGUGACGCUUUUCGCUCCAACGUUUUUUGCACGAGUUUUUUCCAUACGUAUUUGUUCAUUGACAAAAACUCAAGCUGCGCUCUGUGCGUGCGUGUGUGUGCCAGUGUGUGUGUGAGCGGGCGCGUCUGUGUGAGUGCGGUGCUUUGUGUGCAGAAUAAUUUUUGCAAACAUUAUGUAAAUGCGCAAAUUAAAGUUCAAUCGACGCCAGUUUUGAGUAGGAAACCAGAUCGCCUUGCUUUAAGUGCCACGGAGCAACAGUUUAUUUUUCUUCCCAAUUUUUGGAAAAAAUACUCCAUCAGUAGGCACACCCCACAUCCAUACACAGGAUCUCAAGCGAUCCGCCGGAUAUACCUUUACCGUUACAAAAAUCCAAAAUGGCCACCACAGCGGCCGCAAUGGCCGCAACGAGUGUAGUUGUUCUGGAUCGCGGAAACAAUACAACCUGCACCAUCAAUUUGCACGGUGCCACGGUCGUGUCCUGGCGGGUAAACAAUCAGGAGCAGUUGUUUGUCAGCAAACUGGCCUCAUUCGAUGGCAAGAAGGCGAUACGUGGUGGGAUUCCGUUUGUCUUUCCUCAGUUCGGUGCCUGGUCCUUCGGGCCACAGCACGGAUUUGCGAGGAUUACCAGGUGGCACCUGGAGAGACCGCCAGACAGGCUGCACAAUGGCGAUGUGGAGGCCAUAUUCUCGCUUAUGGACAACGACUUUACGCGAUCCAUCUGGAACUAUCAGUUUCGCAUCACUUAUCGUCUGAUCCUACGGGAAAAGGAGCUACACUUCCACAUCGGCGUUUACAAUCCCAGCAAGGAGCUGAGCUUCACCUUCAACAUGCUGCUGCACACCUACCUAAAGGUGCCCGAUGUGCGGCGAUGUCAGAUCACUGGCCUCCAGGGCUGCCACUUCAUUGACAAGACGCGGGAGAAUGCGCUCUAUCAGGAGGGACGCGAGGUGGUCACCGUCAAUGAAUGGACCGACAGGAUCUACCAGCACACGCCGCAGGAGCACGUCAUCACAAACGUGGUAUCCGGCCGGAAAAUGAGACUGCACAAGUACAAUUUUCCCGAUACGGUCAUCUGGAAUCCUUGGAUUGAUCGAUCGCGUGAGAUGAGUGACUUCGGGGACGACGAGUUCCCCAACAUGUUGUGCGUGGAGGCGGGCAAUGUGACCUCGCCGGUGAUCCUGCUGCCUGGCACCGCUUACGAGGCCAGCCAGAUCCUUCAGCAAUUCAAGUGUCCCUAUACCAUAGACCCAUCCAGCUGGAAGAAAAACUAUCUAACUAACUUCUUAAAAAACGACUAGAGUCAAUCAAGCCACCUCCAUAUUCCAAUUCAAAUUCUUUACUUUGCAUGCUAUCAGAUUAUCAUCGAGGGCAAUGUUAGUCGCAAGACCAAGCGGAAUCGCUAGCGUUUAAAGAAUCGGAACCCGAUGAGGUAAACCGAUUCGCAACCAUGUCAAAGAGCAAUUUUCCACAGAUGAGGAUCUGCGUCCAGAGAAGCAGGCGGAGAUGCCGGAUAAGCAGAAGGAGGGAGAGACAUUAAACUGGUUGGUUGUUUCUGCACGGUCUCUAGACUCUAAUCUAUCUAUUAAGUAAUCGUAAUGUCCUCUCUAGCAAUGUGUUGUGCAAAAAAUCAUAAAGAAUAGUACACUUAACUUCGUUUAUCAUCCUUAGUUUGUGCCUACUUAAAAGACAAUGUGCAUUGAUAGUAGCUUAAUUAAGUUUUGCGGAUCAGAAAGUGAGAGAAGUGGAUUUAAAAAAUAAAAAGUAGCGUCAAAUCUUUGUUACUGUACAAGUUAUCUGCGUCCAUUGUGAUGACGUAACUUUUUGCUUCGGAAUCUUACUUACUCAGCACAAAUACACGAACUAAAGUCAUGAAGUUGUAUACGAUUGAAAAUAGAUAACUUAAAAAUGUUUUAAACCUAAUAUGUGUAAUAUACUAAAAGCAAUUAUAUGUACCAAUUAAUUAAAUAAUCUUUGUAAUUGUAACAUUAAAAUCAAAAGGAUGUACUUGAAACUUUGGCAGAUUACAUAUAUUUCACAGUA